AUGCAUGGCAUGUCUCCCAUGAAAAGGAUGCAGGGAAGCAGUCCCAACAAUGUAGCAGGUCCUGUUGGUUCAGGAAAUCCAGACUGCUUUGGUGGCAAUCCACAAGGUAAUGACAACGGUGGCCAAGGAGAUCCUGAUGGCACUGAUCCAUGUCCUGGAGGAGGUGGAGGCGGUGGCAAUCCAGAACCGGAAGGCAGGUACUUCCGUGCCAAGGCAGAUGCCACAGCCUACCCUACUCUUAGAUCCAACAAGGAGUUCGACACUUGGUAUGAGGCUUCAUCGUCAUAG